GUGACAGCAAUAUUGAGAGAUGUUUUGGUUUGUGGUCUCGUCGUAGUCUCGUUUCGCUACGAAAUGUGAAUUUUGUGCAACACAAAGUCAAAACAUUGAAUGUAAUAACCAAGAAGUCUGCUAAAAACAAAUUUUUUGAGUGAAAAUAUUACAAAAUUACAUUUUACAAUGGCUACUACCAAAAGAAUGGUCCCGAACAUUCUGAUAACUGGGACUCCAGGAGUCGGUAAAUCUACUCUAUCACGUUUGCUGGCGGAGAGAACAAAGUUUACUUGGCGAGAAGUGUCCAAGCUUGCGGAGGAAUACAGUUGUUUAGACGAAUAUGAUCCAGAAUAUCAGUGCCCGUUUUUAAAUGAAGACAAGUUGCUGGACAUCAUGGAGGGUAUGAUGGCUAAGGGUGGCAAUAUUGUGGACUACCAUGGAUGUGACUUCUUCCCAGAGAGGUGGUUUGAUGGUGUUUUUGUUGUUAGGACCAACAACACAGCACUCUUUGACAGACUUACAGCCAGAGGAUACACAGGAAAAAAACUAGAAGAUAACAUUCAAUGUGAAAUAUUUGAAACACUGUUAGAAGAGGCACAGUCGUCAUACAAGCCAGAAAUAGUGGUAGAACUACAGAAUGACACAGAAGACCAGCUACAGAAGAAUGUUGAAACAAUCACAGAGUGGAUAGAAAGAUGGAGAGAAGAAAACAUAUAGAUUUUAUUUAAACCUUUUUUAUGUAUUUCCUGUAAAUAUUAUAUUAUGUACCUUUUUGGGUACUCUUGUCUUGUUGGCAGAACAAUAAAAUGUGGCCUGUGAUAUUGUCCAGGUAAAGCCUUAA